AGGCACGUGCCAGACAUCCUCGCGUGCAAAGGGAAAGACCGAAAAGUGCCAUUGCUGAAUGCUGACUACAACUCUGCAACUCUCAACGAAGAAAUUACUGUUUCUUGCAUAUCAGAUCCUCUCAUCCAGCGCCCACCUUCUCCAAUCCUAAUCUGGUGGUUUAUUUGUAAAUAAUCAAUUCGACCGGCUCCAUUAAGCUCAGAAUCUCCAGAUCUGUGCUUGCGCAUCAUCAUCCUUGUGGUUCCUUGUGUGUUGCUCGUUGAUUAUUCUGGACUCGAUCCACUGGAUCAGCGAUGCCGGUGGCUGCAUCUGCCAUUUACUUCUUAAAUCUUCGGGGUGAUGUGCUCAUCAAUCGUCUCUAUCGUGACGAUGUCGGUGGGAAUAUGGUGGAUGCAUUCCGAAUGCAUAUAAUGCAAACGAAAGAACUUGGCACAUGUCCAGUACGGCAAAUUGGAGGUUGCUCCUUCUUUUACAUGAGAAUCAGCAAUGUCUACGUUGUGAUUGUUGUCAGCAGCAAUGCUAAUGUGGCUUGUGCAUUCAAGUUUGUUGUCGAGGCUGUUGCAUUGUUCAAAUCAUACUUUGGUGGGGCUUUUGAUGAAGAUGCCAUCAGAAAUAAUUUUGUCCUGAUUUAUGAGCUGCUGGAUGAAAUUAUGGACUUUGGUUACCCACAGAACCUGUCUCCUGAGAUUUUAAAGCUUUACAUCACUCAGGAAGGAGUGCGCUCACCAUUUUCAUCCAAGCCUACAGAUAAACCUGUUCCUAAUGCAACAUUACAAGUCACUGGUGCUGUUGGUUGGCGGAGAGAGGGCCUUGUUUAUAAAAAGAAUGAGGUUUUUCUUGAUAUUGUGGAAAGUGUAAAUCUUCUUAUGUCUUCAAAAGGUAGUGUUCUACGUUGUGAUGUAACGGGGAAGAUUCUCAUGAAGUGCUUCCUUUCUGGAAUGCCUGAUUUGAAGUUGGGUUUAAAUGAUAAAAUUGGCCUUGAGAAAGAGUCACAAAUGAAAUCCCGUCCUGCUAAAAGUGGCAAAACGAUUGAACUUGAUGAUGUUACUUUCCACCAAUGUGUAAAUUUGACAAGGUUCAACUCAGAAAAGACUGUUAGUUUUGUCCCACCAGAUGGUGAAUUUGAAUUGAUGAAGUAUCGUAUCACCGAGGGAGUUAAUCUUCCAUUUCGGGUAUUGCCAACAAUCAAAGAACUUGGUCGAACACGCAUGGAAGUGAAUGUUAAGGUCAAGAGUGUCUUUGGUGUGAAAAUGUUUGCACUUGGAGUUGUUAUCAAAAUUCCUGUACCCAAACAAACUGCUAAGGCAAGCUUCCAGGUGACGUCAGGUCGAGCGAAGUACAAUGCUGCAAUUGAUUGUUUGGUUUGGAAGAUAAGAAAAUUUCCUGGACAAACUGAGCCCACCUUGAGUGCAGAAAUUGAGUUGAUUUCUACAAUGGCAGAGAAGAAAUCGUGGACAAGGCCACCAAUUCAAAUGGAGUUCCAGGUUCCCAUGUUUACAGCAUCUGGUUUACGUGUUCGAUUUCUUAAGGUAUGGGAAAAGAGUGGGUACAACACAGUUGAGUGGGUCCGUUAUAUUACUAAAGCAGGCUCGUAUGAGAUUAGGUGCUAGAAACAUGUAAACUCUACUGUGAGACUUUCAUGAGAGGAAAGGAGGUUGAUGGACUACUUUGCUAGCUGUUAUAGCCAAGUUGGAAGAAACCACUGCAUACAAAAAUACCUUGUCGACAACAAAAAUAUGCAGCUGGAUUUCUUGUGUUGAUUCUUUUUAUUGAUGGGAGUGUUGUGCUGUUGUCAAUGCCAUUGGUUGAAGUGAAUAUUGUUUGUGCUGUAAAGGCUAGUCCCUUGUUAGAACAGGAUGACUUUUUUUUUUUAAUUUUAAUAUUUUUAAUCCUUUUUGAUAUAUAAUAUUAUUGCUAUUUUAAUCUUAAUUUUAAUUACUCUGUAUCUGUUUGAUGCAUUUUGCUACAGAUUAUUUUAUUGUUGUAAUGAUGAAAUGAUUAAUCCAGUGUACUUGAACAAGAGUUCUUUUUCUAAA